GAGCGAGGGAGAGAGAAGGAUAGAGAAAGAGAGCAAGGGAUCAGAGGGGAGUCCAUCCAGUUUUGCAGGAAGGUAAAGGUAGAGAAGGAACCGCCCUUUUUUUGCAGCCUCGCUGACAUGUGGAACUGGGGGAUAUCUUAACCCCCGGAACCCAGGGAGCACUGGGGGCGUGUCUUUCGUGAUUAUUCGUUCGCCACUCACCAGAUGUCUAGCGGUUGCACCCACCGACAUCUUCUCCCCGCCAAAUUGGGGCUUGACUGACCUUGAUACCGCCUCGAAACGCCCCUAGCCGGCCCUCUACAGUCUCUACACUGCAGACGCGUCGCGGCAACCAACUGGACAACUUAGCCGGCCCCAACACAGCAGGUCAAAUCCUGCGUCUAACCGGCUCUUCCCGUGGUCCAAAUCGAGAAUCGCGGUGUUCAUUUUCAAUUGACGUUAUCAGUGUUCAAUAUCAGUGAUAACUAAAAGUGUUCCCUAACAGUUUUUCUUCAAUUUCCAUUUACAGUUUCAAGUCCAUGAAAAAAAAAUCCAAGAACCAUAUUCGGAAUAAAUUAACAAUGAUUCGGAAUAAAAUACCAAUGACACGGAAUAAUUAGUGCAAUUAUAAUAAUUACAAACUGAUGACAUGAUGCUAUUCACAAUUUAAAUUCCCCAUCAAUCUCGAUCGGAUGUUUUCGAGUACUUCAAUGAGGCGACGGAAGAGGAUCAGCUAAUAAAAAAAAAUCCAGAAUGAAAACACGAUUGCGUCGCCUCUGAACAGAGGGUUCGCACUAUAAACCACACGAGCUCCGCCAAGAGUUCGUGGAACUGUACACACCUCAAAUAUGUCAAGCGGCUCAACCGAGGUAUCACCAGCAUCAGGGUUCGAUGGAUUAGGACACCCCGGUAGCAACAAUAAGACAGUGUUGCGCGACGAUAAGGAGACAAAGUGUCGUUCGACAAACGCCGACAGCGAUUGCGAGAGUGAUACCAGUGAGGUUCUCAGUGUUGGCAGUGAACCGCCGCCCACACUCACCGAAUUCCGUGACUGUAAUAAUUCCGCGAAAUAUGAAGAAACUAGUCGUACCGAAUUCCACGAUGAGGAGAACACGAGGAUAUCGUGCACACCAUCGCCAUCGAGUUCAAUCAGCUGCAACGAUCCCUAUUACAAUAAUCGUUCAUCGAAUAAUCCAAUUCAGGCACCAAGUCCACCUGCCUACAGUCAACCGCCAUCAUCACCCACCGCAUCAUCCGUACGAUCGCCGGCGUCCUCGAGUGCCACUGCAUCCUCUCCAGGUCGACCAGAUCUUCCUCAGGAGACGAUACUCUCCCGAUAUCAAUCAGCUCAUCAACAUUUACUCUCGAGGUUCGCCAGGGAUUCAGCCGAUCUUGCCGAUUAUCCACCACGAGUACCGCACAGUUUGACUCAUGAGAUCAUUUAUCCAUCGGUGGAGAGGUUGCAUAGAACGCCAAUCAGCGUUCCCUUAGUGACCAGAAUCUCCCUAUCGCCACCAUCCGCUAUGACGGUCACCGGCCUACAGGCAUCGACGCCCGUUUUACAUCCUCGUGAAACCCUGAUGCCCCAUCCCCCUCACAGCAUCCAUCAUGGACUAUCAAAUUCCCACGGUCAUCAUCACCAUCACCAUCAUCAUCCAAAUUCCCAAAUACAACACGUACCCGCAAGCGCAAUUCAUCAGCAGCAUCGUUUAUCAGUCAGUAAAAUACUUCAACGUGAUCAUGAAAGUGUUUCACCAAAGCCAAGAGAGGAGAAUGGAAAUGGACGCAGUGGUACCAACUCCUCGAAUGGCAAUCAAAAUAAUGCGAAUGCAAUGAAUAAUAAUGACAAUCAUAAUAAUAAUAAUCUUCAACAUCAGGCGGGUUUAAAGUUCAGUAUAGACAAUAUUCUAAAGGCUGAUUUCGGUAGGAGAAUAACGGAUCCAAUUUCACUGAAGAAAUCACGUCCUAAAAAGGUGAUACCAAGACCAAUUGAUUUGACAAAGGAUUUUCUUGAGUCGUCGUCGGAGGGUUCUGAACGUGGCUCGGAAGCCUCCACGACAAAUACAUCGCCAGGAGUUCCCACGAGUACUACGCCCACUAGUAUUACAACAACAACAACAACUCAAGGAUCAGAACCUGGAAAAAUGGUUUGGCCCGCUUGGGUUUACUGCACGAGAUAUUCCGACAGACCUUCUUCUGGACGAAGUCCACGGACGAGAAGGGUUAAACGGCCAAAUGAGGGGAAGGUUGCGCCAGCAACACCCGAAGAGAAGAGACCGAGAACGAAUUUUAGCGGUGAACAGUUGACAAGGUUAAAGAGAGAAUUUGCCGAGAAUCGAUAUUUAACUGAACGCAGAAGACAACAAUUGUCCCGCGAUUUGGGUUUGAAUGAGGCCCAAAUAAAAAUUUGGUUUCAAAAUAAGAGGGCAAAAAUAAAAAAGGCCUCGGGACAAAAAAAUCCUCUCGCACUACAAUUAAUGGCCCAGGGUCUCUAUAAUCAUUCAACAGUCCCGUUGACCAAAGAAGAAGAAGAACAGGCUGCAGAACUUCAAGCAAAAUGAUAAGUCCCAAAAUUAUUCUCAAAAAAAAAAAAUAAAUAAAUUGUCAAUUGGGCCAACGUUAAUUUAUUUCGACGGAGAGGAAUAAUUGUCUGUAAGCCUCGGAAUUAAAGACUGAUAACGAACGAAUAAUCGGAGAUAAAAAAAAAAGAAAACGGAACUAAAACUGCCAAAGUUUGGAUUACAUUUUUUCAGCCUGAAAUAUUUCGUCACGUCGCAAAAAAUUGUGUGUAAAAAAAUAUUCUGCUUUAUUCUAUCAAAAGGGAGAUGGUGUUUGAAAAAAAGUCUUCCAUUAAAUUUCACUUAUAAAAAAAGUCAACUUUCGACUUUUAUUUAUCAAAAAAAAAAAUAGUAAAUAAAUAAAACAAAGAAGGAAAGAAAAACUAUUCGCAAAAUUCUUUUCGAGAAUGUAUAAAAUUUCGACCAUUUUUAAUUAAUCUGAAUUUAAAAAUAAACAAAACCCAGAGAAAUGUUUUAUAAUUAAAACAAAUAUAAUUUGAGUCAAAUAGAAGUUUGUUACAGAACCUACUAAAUUAUUUGUUUCAAAUGAAAAAUUUAUUUAGCACAAAAAAAUAAUUUCGUAGGCUCUAAGUGAAAUAUAACUUCUAUCUGGGUGAAAUUAAAAUAAUAAUAAAAGUUAUUAAAUAAAUAAUAAAGAAUAUUAAUUCUAAAACCAUUUUUUUUCUUCAAGUUAAUUUCAUUAACAAUGAAACCUUGAAUAAACGAUUGAAUAUAAAAAAUUCGGAAUUUUCAUAUAUUAUGUAAUCGCUAUAAAAAAAUAUAUAUAUUGUAAAAUUGUAAAUUUUUCUCGUGUGUCCAAAAUUCAAAAUUAUAUAUUCAAUAAGCGGCGGACGAAAAAAUGGAAAAACAGUAAAAAAAAAAAAUUAUAACACAAAUUUAAACAAAAAUUAUAAAUACGACGAAUAUUAUGCUUAUAUUGUGCCAUUUUGUUGCCGACGGUGACCACAAUUCUAUAAAAUUAAUUUCUCCAUUUUAUUCUUCUGUACAAAAAACGAAAUAAAAAUUUUCCUUUUUCUCUCAAAUUUGUCGAGAGUUCUGGCAUCAAGAAAAAAAAAAGAAAAAAAAUGUUGAAACAAUUUCCGCUAUAUAAUUUAUAAUAUAUGUAAAAAUGUAAAAUAUUCCCCGUUCCCCUUUUACCCUUCACUCCACUUACUCCCGAAUCGCGACAAGAAAAAAAAAAUAAUUGCAACGUGCAAUAGAUUCUUAUACAUAUAAAUAGAGAGAAGUUAUAAUAGUGAAGCUGUUAUAGUAGAGGUGAUCUUUAAUAAAUAAAUAAAUGAGAAUAAAAAAAAAUGAUGAAAAAAAAACCCGACGUGUACAUAACAUUCGACUUGUAGCUUGUAUCAUCGUUUAUAGACUGUUUAAAGUAACUUAGUUAUUUAUUUACUUAUGUAUUAAGAGCAAAAGAGAUAACGUACAUAUGACAAAAAAAAUAAACAAACAAAAACCCGCAUAUAUGCUUGGUGAAGAUAAGAAAACAAAACACAGUGAUCCUGUACGUGUAAAAUUAUUUAAAAAUCGAUUAAAUACACUUAUUAUCAAGCAAA